UCUCGGCACGUUUAAACCUUUUCUUUUAUUAUUAUUAUUAAACCCAACACGCUCGUUUUUCUUGUACUGGUACUUCCAUCACCCCACUCGCAAUGGCCGGUUUCCUGCGCAAGUUCAGGAAGAAUGCUGAUGUUGAACAUCCGGCACCGUCAAAACCCGUUGAAUUUGAUUCACCUCCUUCACUACCACCUCUCUUUGCUAGAUUCGCGACAUCCACUCUCGAAUCUUCUCUGUUGGAUUCUUGUAUCAUGCCAGUGGCAAAGUCACAACAAGAGGAUGAAUGGGAUCCUUGGAAAGCACUCCUACCAGAGCAAAAGAAGGAUCCCACACCGGACCCUCCUCCUCAACCUUUGCCUUCUCGUGUACAGCCACUAAUAUUACCUGUCACUCGUCGCAAGUAUACGGGUCCGGGUUUAACUCCCCAAGUGAAACUCGUCGACCCCGACGCGCACCAAAUCCGUGCUGUUUCCACACGGCAGGAUCGCAACGAUCAUCUUUCCCCUAUGGCACCCCAACACCCCUCAAAAAUCACAACCCACCCCCCAAAUACAAUCUCUGCUGCUCCUAAACCCGGUUCUAGCUCCAGCAGUAGCAGUAAUCACACAGAUGCAACUCGCUUCACACAAUCAGGCUCGUCUUCAAGCGCGUUUACGUCUACCAGUUCAAUCGCCCCGGCUAUCAAGGAUCCUCCUUCUAGAACCCUUGGUAGCUCCGUGAGUCACCAAUUAUGCUUUUAUCUUACUUUUUUAUUGGCGCUAAACGUUACCUCGCAACCCGCUACUCCACCUCCAACUACACGUCCGCCAACGCUGGGCGACAAAAAUCUCCAACGAAAUUUAAUGCCCACUACGACUACGACUCUUAUGACAAAGACUACUACCCGGUCGCCUAUCGCGCCGCCUUCUAGCACCGUUCGUUUGUCAGUGGUGUCAUCCUCUACUGCCGGUCCUGCCCGUUCCCCUUCUACUGCUCGUUCACCAAGUGCUACUCCCCAUCGCGCGCCCCCCAGCACUCGCGCGCCCCCCAGUACGUACGCGAUACCUCCUCGCCCGAACACCCAACCCCUCCAGCUCAACUUGAACCGUUCGACUUCGAUAGAAAUCAGCGCUGCUCCCAUCCGGAAAGGACCGUUGAUUUUCGCUGCUAUGGCUAUCGGACAGGACCAAGUUACCUCCAUGGGGCAACAAGAAAAUCUAUCGCCCAAUCAAAAUCCAAACUCAUCGACCAACCAGCGCACAUCCAUUAUCCAACACCAAAACGCGCUCGCUGGUAGCCAACGCCAACAAGCACCCAUGAUCAUCAAGCACCAACAAGCACCCAUCAGCGCACAUGACAACUCUGUGAAUGCCACGUGCAUCUCCGCACCAUCAGCGCGGCGUCUUAGUUACCCUCUAGACCGUGCUGGUGGGAGAGGUGUUAAUCGCGCGCCUGUACCUUUUUCGGAGCGUCGUAUCAUUGCUUCUGCACAGGGGCAGGGGCAGGGACAGGGACGAGUUUUGGCUUCGGGCCCGGUUGGGCCUGAAUCUGCAGCUGGGAGGCGUAUCUCUUUGGACGUAGGAUCUGGGCGUUCGUCAGACGCACCAACAGGGCGUACGUCAGACGCACCAACAGGACGUUCAUCUGACGCAGGACCACCAGCAAGCCGUCUCAGAGUCUCCUCAGACGCAAGCGCACCGACGAGUAAAGAAAGCCUCAAGCCUCGCGUGUUGACGAAAUCGCGGCCUCCUACUCCUUCCUCUUCUACUUCCACACCGUCUGCGCCUGCCAAGUUGGUACUUAAGAAAAUAUCGACGGAUGCGUUGUUUUCGGAGGAUACGUUGUUCUUGGAGGAGGACCCGUUCAAGAAGGCCGAGGGGGUGCAGGUUGAGGGGGCUUCCCCUUUGCCACCGAGGUCCAAGUCGCCUAUGGCACGACCCAAGUCGCCUUUAGCCCCUGACUCUCCCGAAGACUAUAAAUCCGCACGGACGCAGCGCCGAGGACAAUGGCUCGAAAAGACGCGUCCUCCUGUCCAGGAAGUGAUGAGCAAGGAAGCUGAGCUUCUUCAAGAGGAGGAAGAUGUCCGUCUCAAAAAAGCGGAGAAGGUGCGACGAAAGGAAGAAGAGGCGCGCCAACGAGAGGAAGAAAAACGAAUGGAGAAGGAGGCAGAAGAAAAGCGACUAAAGGAAGAAGCUGAAGAGAAACAACGAUUGGAAGAAGAGCUCGCGAGGAAGCCUCCUACGUUCUACCCCAUCGUCUCACAUCUUGCUGAUGCGUCGCUUCUCCCGCAUCUCCUUGCCUACCUGACGUUUGGUGAUUGGUGUGCGCUGUAUGCGGCGAAUAAGGAGGUGAGGAUUCUAUUUGAGAGUCGAGUGUUGAGGGAGUAUGUGCUUGGGCAUUUUUUGGGGACUGUUGGGUAUAAGAGGUGGAGCUUUGAGUGGGCGGAGCCGCUUGCUCUGUCUUUGAAGGACCUAAACGACUACAUGCGAGGCGUCUCAAUGCCCACGCACCAAUACGCCCAACUAGCAGAAGCAUAUCUUCAGCCCCGUAUCCCCAACCCCGCGACCCCAGGAGAACGUCCCAAAGUUGUGGUCCCGGAUAUUUUGUCGCUUGCUAUGACCACUCGUGCAUAUACGAGAGUCGUGUUGCGCUUGAGGGCGCAAGCCGAGAGUGAGGCGCGGGCGUUUGCGAGGUCACAUGUUACUAGCCCUGUGUCGUCGAGACCUGCUACGCGUGACGGGCAAGUAGUGCGGUCUUCCUCGAAUCGUACCCCAUCCCCGACAUCGCUGUAUUCCAGUGGCAAGUCGUCCUCGGUCUCUGCUUCUACUAAGGGGGCGUUCCAAUCUCCCUUGGUCCGACUCCACCGUGCGCCGCUCUUGCGGGUGUUCGUUCCUUCCCCUGAAGGGGAGUGGUUAUCUGAUUCGAGCGUGAUGGAGUGUGAAGCUGAGCUGAAGAGGGCUGGUGUGUUGAAGUUGUUGAGGGUUGGGGAUGUGGUGUGGGAUGUUGCUGUGGGUGAUGAGGGGAAUUCGGGGAGGAUGGUUUGGGAUGGGAGUUAUCUUGUGGACCUUGAUUACAAGUACUCCCCGAUGGGCGAGCUGUCUCCUUAUUUCCACAGUCUCGCGUUUUCUCCGUCAUAUUUCCAUCGCGUUCAUUCGGACGGUCCUUGGGGCCAGGAGCUUGCUGCGAACUUGCAGUUGUUGCAGGACAGGGCUACGACAGCGACCCCUAACGGAACGCUCCACAGCGUCGUCCACUGGCUACACCCCAAAACCUACGCCUCCCGAUUCCCGAACGUUGCCGGCUUUUUCAUUGAUCCUGGCUGGUACGGGACUGUGAUCGUCGAAGCCGAAGGCACGAAUGAGGGUCUUUCAGAUUUCCAAGCGCGAUGCGGACCAGGCGCGUUCCCUCCUCGCGCGGAUAAUGUUACGUCGAAGAUGAGGAAUGAGAAGGAGAAGGGGAGUAGGCGCGUUUAUAGGGUUUUGAGGGAGAAGAGUCGUCCUGGCGAGAUCUGGAUUCGAGCAGUUCGGGAGAAAGACCGAGUAAUGUGAUGUGACUCUUGAAUCUUCUCGUUUUCACAAGUUGUGAUUUUUUCCUCUUAUGAAUUUUUUAAUAAUGGCUGUGCCGGUACCUUUUCUGAACGUUUCUCCAUGUUCUCGUUCUCGUUUGCGUUUUCUCGUCUCGUCGGGCACCUGGUCGGAACCAUUUUACAAACAUCGCGAACCCUUUUUUAUCGCACACCUAUUCAGAACUUUUUUCUCUUUCUCAUCGCGCCCCUCACUCGCUCAUUUCUGGAUACUGCGGCGUGUUUUCUUUCUUAGAGCUACAUGUACAAGCAUAGUUAUUCCCUGGAUUAUGUUUUAGGCUUUACAUUUUCCGACUAGGAUCGUUAGUUAUACCAGGUACUUACUCAUCAACAUAAAAAUCAAGACACGUGAUUGUGACGCGUUCCGUUCUCGCUGUA